GCUAAUAUGCGAGAUCCGAAGAACCGACUCCACUGCGCGGUCGCAUUCCGCCCUGACUUCCCCUCCGCCAGCGGCCUGGUGCUUUGAGAUGAACAGAAGAUGUCGGUUUCGGGGCUGAAGGCCGAGCUGAAGUUUCUGGAGUCGAUUUUUGACCCAAAUCACGAGCGGUUUCGAAUAAUAGACUGGAAACCCGACGAACUAAGCUGCCAAUUCAACGUAACAAGAGAGAAGCUGCUGAUCAUCCACUGCAACAUCACGGAAUCAUACCCCUUAACGCCCCCGAUAUGGUUUGUUGACUCUGAUGAUCCCAGCCUGGCUGAAGUAUUGGAGCGCCUGGAGGAUGUUAGGAAAGGCAGCACGUUGCUUCUUCAGCAACUGAAGCGGCUUAUUUGUGAUCUCUGUCGGCUUUACAAUCUGCCACAACAUCCAGAUGUGGAAAUGCUGGACCAGCCUCUACCUGCUUGCCCGAUUACACAAGAGCGCAAGCAUGGGCCAACAGAUGAGGUGACAUCUGAAGAGGAAGAGGAGGAGGAAAUGGGAGAGCAGGACAUAGAUCUGGACCAAGACCUGGACCAUUACGACAUGAAAGAAGAGGAACCCCCAGAGGGCAAAAAGUCAGAAGACGACGGGAUAGAGAAAGAAAACCUGGCCAUCUUGGAAAAAAUACGUAAAAAUCAGAGACAAGAUCACUUGAAUGGUGCCGUUUCUGGUUCAGUUCAAGCCUCGGAUCGCUUAAUGAAGGAACUCAGGGAGAUCUACAGGUCGCAGAGUUACAAGACCGGUAUUUAUUCAGUCGAACUAGUCAAUGACAGCCUUUAUGAAUGGCAUGUCAAGUUAAGGAAGGUAGAUCCAGAUAGUCCAUUGCAUAGCGACUUGCAGGUUUUAAAAGAAAAGGAAGGAGUGGACUUCAUUCUGCUCAAUUUCUCUUAUAAAGAUAAUUUUCCUUUUGACCCUCCUUUUGUACGGGUUGUCUCUCCUGUGCUUUCUGGAGGCUAUGUUCUAGGAGGAGGAGCGUUGUGCAUGGAACUUCUCACAAAACAGGGCUGGAGCAGUGCCUAUUCAAUAGAAUCUGUUAUUAUGCAGAUAAAUGCAACUCUGGUUAAAGGCAAAGCUAGAGUGCAGUUUGGAGCCAAUAAGAACCAGUACAAUCUUGCCAGAGCACAACAGUCAUACAAAUCCCUGGUGCAGAUUCAUGAAAAGAACGGCUGGUACACGCCACCUAAAGAGGACGGAUAAGGAGCUGCCGCCACUAUGCACUGGGAACACGUCAUCUUUGGGUCAUCUUGUUUUAUUCAGAAUAUUUUCCCUCUCUGACUUACUGGGAAUAUAUCAUCUUUCUCACAGAAACCAUCUCGCUGCCUCAUUUGAUAAGUAUUCUCCUGGAAAAACUAAACUCUGGUUUGGCCCUCCUCUCUCCUCCCCUUGGAGCUUCAGCGAGGAGGAGAAGGUGACGACAACGCUCGUCCCGUUUUCUAAAUGUUCCCUUUUGUUUUGGGGAGGAAAAAAAAA